CUUCAGCUCGUGCUGGCGGACUUCUGUUCUUACAAACUGCACCAAAAUCUGUUCAGGUUUCACUGGACAAUUUUUCCUUCUAAAUAACCCAUCAUAGGAAUUUCAAGACAACCAUUUAAGUUCAAGCUAGCAGAUGACUUGAAUGCCACUAGGUGCUUUUUGUGUAGUGCUUUCCUGUAGAAACGUUUAACUUUUCCCUCACCAUCGUGAUCGAAGCUGCAUCCAAGUUCUGAGCAAACUAAACGAGAUUGAACCAAAAGAGGGAUCAGUUCUCUACUCCGUAGUUAGCAAUGUCCAAACCAAUUGGUGUGAGCGUACCUGAUUCAGAGACCUUGAGUUCUGAGAAGUCCAAGCGGUUUACGGUUUAUAAAGUCUUGGUAAAACUACCAGAUGGCAGAAACUAUUUCAUAUUUAGAAGAUACAACGAGUUCCAUCAUUUGUAUGACAAGCUAAAGAAAGUCUAUACUGAUUUGCACAUCAAAUUGCCUGGUAAAAGGCUACUAGGAAACAACUUUGACCCAGAGUUCAUCAAAAUGAGGAGAGAGGGAUUAAAUGAUUUUAUUGUCAAGAUUUUAACACAUCCUGGCGCACUUGAUCACCCUGAUGUUCGUGAGUUUCUGUCCCUGGACAAUCCUAAAAAUGCACAAGCGAAUGAUGAAGAUGAGCAGCCAGGUUCAGAUGAUGCCGGUGAUACACUGGCCAAAGACGUUGAAAAGAUUGACCUUGGUGAAUCUAAUAAUCCAAAAGCAAAGCCUAGUGAUUUUCUAUUUUUGAAAGUAAUUGGAAAAGGCAGCUUUGGAAAGGUCUUCCUUUCCAAGAACAAGCAAGAAGAUAAAUUCUAUGCAAUUAAAGUUCUAAACAAAUCAGCUAUCAGAAAGCGAAAUGAGGCCAAACACAUUAUGGCUGAGAGGAAUGUUCUUGUCCAGAAUGUGACACAUCCCUUCCUUGUGGGUUUGCACUACUCAUUUCAAACUAAAGAUAAACUCUAUUUCGUUUUGGAUUAUGUGAAUGGUGGAGAGCUCUUUUUCCACUUACAAAGAGAGAGAUACUUUCCUGAGUCGAGAGCAAGAUUUUAUGCUGCAGAGAUUGCAUCUGCCAUAGGCUAUCUUCAUGGUUUACAGAUUAUCUACAGGGAUCUGAAGCCAGAGAAUAUUCUUCUAGACUCUAAAGGUCAUAUUGUGUUGACUGACUUUGGUCUGUGCAAAGAGGGCAUCGACCGGUCAGGGACAACAUCCACGUUCUGUGGGACACCAGAGUAUCUCGCCCCUGAGGUUCUUCGUAAGCAGGAUUAUGACAAGUCAGUGGAUUGGUGGUGUCUGGGUGCAGUGCUUUAUGAGAUGAUGUACGGUCUGCCGCCAUUUUACAGCCGGGACACAGCCGAGAUGUACGACAACAUCCUACACAAGCCUCUGCGCCUGCGCACAAACAUUUCACAGAGUGCACGUCAUAUCUUAGAAGGGCUACUUCAGAAAGACAAGACCAAGCGUCUCGGCAGCGGCGAGGGAGAUUUCGAGGACAUCCGAACGCACUCUUUCUUCAGGAGUAUCAACUGGCAGCAGCUGGUCGCAAGAGGCAUCGAGCCACCUUAUAACCCUAACGUGAGCGGUCAACUUGAUUUGAAGCACUUUGAUCCCGAAUUUGUCCGCGAACCAGUACCAGGGUCGGUGGGCAAGUCAGCGGACUCAAACUUCGUCAGUGCUAGUGUUGAUGACCCGGAUGACGCGUUUGUAGGUUUCACGUACGUCGCACCCUCAGACGACACUCUGCAUGAGUGAUCCGCCACAAGCGCAUGCCCCAAAGACUCCCGCCAAAAAAAAAAAAAAAAAAAAAAGAGAAAACUCCGCGUCGCGUUGUAUGAUAUGCGUGCCCGACGUUGAAAUUAUGUGAACGUGAUCGCGGCCCUGUUGCCAUUUCGAAUAUUGUAAUAAAAUCCUUCUGAUUAA